CAGUCUAGUCACAGCCGCAGGCCAGUAUAUUGGGACAAGGCCAUCGCAGAACCAUCAAAAUAACCUUUACACCAGGACAUUUUUAAUCAACUCAUUAUUACAGCACGCGGUACGAGGUAGCUCCAAUAACCUUUAGUACCGUGCAUGUACGCAUGCGACCCUCGCCUUCAUCGGGGGUACUUUCUUCCAAAACCGAUGUUGAAAAUUGGCAUUUUUAAAGUUUAUUUAACCGCAGCUGUGUCGCAGGAGUAGACAAGACGAAAGUGUUUGAAUUAUGGGGAAGGAAAAACCAGCUGAUGUAGAGAUGGUUGAUACCACGGCGAAAAUAAACGGAGAGGGAGAGACUGUGGCGGAGGAAGUCCCAUCGAAGAAAGAAACCGACAUGAUAACUUUAGAUGACUUCAAGGAGCAUGUUAAGCACAUUGAGAAAGCUGUGUCUUCUAAAGAGAAGAACUACAUGUCCAGGGUUGUCCGGGCACUGACCUCAUCCAGACGUAAACUCAACCAUGAAGUAUUACGCAAGCUCAUCACGGGCUACUUCACCUCCUCCAGCAUCACAAGGGAAAACCUCAUCACGUAUCUUGAUGAGCCGAUGGAUACAACAGAUAAUAAUAUCAUCUUUCGGCCUCGGAGUAGUAAGACGUCAAAUGGCCAACUACUGCCGGAGCUAGAUGUCUAUGUCCACCUGCUGGUUGUGGUGCACCUCCUUGACACCAAAAGAUACGAUGAGGCCGUGACGUGUUCAGACCUACUCAUGACCAAGAUAGACGUGCAGAACAGACGCUCCUUAGACCAACUCUCAGCUAAGGCAUUCUUCUAUCACUCCAGAGCCUAUGAGCUCACAGGCCAGCUGGAGAAAGUUAGGAGUUUCCUCCAUGCAAAGCUGCGCACAGCAACCCUCAGGCACAACACCGAAGCCCAGGCUACACUCCUGAACCUUCUCCUGCGCAACUACCUCCACUACAACCUGUACGACCAGGCCGAUAAGCUGGUGGCCAAGUCCACUUUCCCCGAAGAGGCGUCCAACCAUGAGUGGGCCAGGUUUCUCUACUACUUAGGUCGUAUUAAGGCUAUUCAGCUGGAGUACUCAGAGGCCCAUAAGAACUUGUUGCAAGCCUUGCGCAAGGCACCACAAUACACUGCUGUUGGUUUCAAACAGACGGUUCAGAAGCUAGCUAUUACUGUACAGUUGCUACUGGGAGAGAUUCCCGACAGAGCAAUCUUCAGGCAGAAAGUUUAUGAGAAGGCACUAGCACCGUACCUACUCCUCACGCAAGCUGUGAGAACGGGAGACCUCCACCUUUUCAACCAGACCCUGAAGAAUGUGGCCCCCAAGUUCCAGUCGGAGGGCACCUACACCCUUAUCAUCCGGCUCCACCACAAUGUGAUCAAGACGGGCGUACGCAUGAUCAGUCUCUCUUACUCUCGCAUCUCCCUGUCGGAUGUGGCCAGGAAACUCCAGCUGGAGAGCCCCGAGGAUGCAGAGUUCAUCGUUGCCAAGGCGAUCCGAGAUGGUGUGAUCGAAGCCAGUAUUGACCAUGAAAAAGGUUACGUUCGCUCCAAAGAGACGGUAGAUGUCUACUCAACGAGGGAACCAAUGGCAGCCUUCCAUCAACGGAUCAGCUUCUGUCUGGAUAUACACAACCAGGCGGUCAAGGCGAUGAGAUUUCCUCCCAAGUCCUACAACAAAGAUUUGGAGACAGCUGAGGAGCGUCGAGAAAGAGAACAGCAAGAUCUGGAACUAGCCAAAGAAAUGGCCGAUGAAGACGAAGACGGCUUCUAGACAGGUCAAGACAACCAGCCCCCUUUCCCUCCCACUUACCCCACCCAUUCCCGUUAGCCUACCCUCCUCCUUUCCCUGUUGUCGAAGACUAAUACAGGUGCACACAAAUCGUUCAAAAGUAAGGAUUAUGUCUCCGUAAAACCACCCAGAUGAGCAGUGAAACCACCCAGAUGAGCAGUGACCUCUUAAGUUAUGUCAUUCUAUGGCCAUUUUCCAAAUGGAAAGGAAAUUGAUGACGGCCCGCCCGAUCUGAGGAAUUUUCGAGAAGUUGAUUUUCCAGUGCAGUAAAAAGUCAUAUCAUAUUGGCAACGAUGCAGUGGUACAGUUUGGUUGGCGGUGGCAGUCUUGAUUCAAAUUGUGGCACGGUAUUUGAACGCAGUACACCUUGCAUGAUCACCAAGAUGGUACUAAAAUGUUACCCCGUUGAUAAUUGUUACCAGACCAGUGCCUACAGUCAAAUUAUGUAUACUUUGCACCUGUAUUUCCAAGAGUGUUUCUCCAAGUGGUUAAUACAGAAAGCUCAUGUGACUGUUCAGUGUUUCAUUUCGAAAGAGCUCACCUAAAGAAGUCUUCAACAUGUUCAAGCAGUUGGCUGCUUGUUUGACAAGACUGAACUGGCUUCUCACACAUAAACAAAAACAAGAAAUAGAAUUGUGCGAUACCAGAGGUGUUGCUUGUGGAAAAGCUUAAUCCUACGAGAAUGAGUUCAGAGUCAUUAGAUGCCUCAUUCUCUGGUCUGCUUCCAUAGUAGGUCCUUUGCAUUCUAUUUUUCAUCCCCUACAACUAUUGCAGUCUGUCAUCACUGAUGUCGGGCCAUAUCCAAAUUUUGUAGCCAUGGUUUGUUCUUAAGCCAUGGAGGCACCAUAGUGAGUACUCGCUGCCAUGCAAAACAGUGCCCGUUGCAGACAUGGCCUGGUUUCAUGGUUGUAGGAUCAGAGCAGGUUGUGGGAAAUCCAACAUGUUGGUGCAAAGGACCUAUCAUAGUGUUCAUGUGAUACAGUCUAUUCGGAAAUGGGAAAUGUAAAUUCUUCACCAGAAGUCAAACAAAAACCCCAUUUUUGUCCACAAAAAUUUUUUGUUUCAUGUAAUUUGUGCAAUGUUUACUGAGGAUGCUGUUAACACAGCACAUGCUACAUUGAUCAUUCAUGUACGUUAACGGGUCCUGACUUGUUUUCCACCAUCAGGAAUAGACCAAUCCAGUAAGCCCCGCCCACUGUGAAGGCGGGCACCCAACACAUGCUCUUCUCCCAUGUCACACUCCGUGUUUCAACCAGGGUUCAAACCACACGCAUCACAUAAAUACGAUUGGACAUAAAUACGGCUGUGAUUGGGCAGUAUACGAUGGGGCGUGGCUUGGUAAAUUGGUCUGUCGAUGGGCACUGUGAAAGCGUCCCUACAGAUUAGACCAUGUGCACUCCAGCUGGGAAAUGAAGAGGCCUCUUUUUAAGUGUACUUUUCUCAGUGCAGUUACCGGCUGUGCAGAAAAACUCUGUCAUGCAAAUCUGUCAUUGAAAUAAAUGCACCGUCAUCAAUUGGCACUUGCACAUUGUGCAUUCCUUAUCCGUGCUGAUUCCGCUGCAGAUUUUGUCUGUGCACCACAUUGCAUCUUCUCAUUAGAGUCGAGUCAGUCGACCAGAAACACAAAAAGUACCACACCCAAAAUUAACUGAUUUGUAAUACCCCCAAAUUGUUCCUUUUGGGAGUUGCAGUUCCCCCCCCCCCACAGUUAAUGCAGUAACCGUCCAUGCACAAAGUAAAUGAAGACAGCCACCACAACCGCUGUAUUUCAAACUUUGACAUGGUUUUUAUAGCGGCGGACAUGUUUGUUCUAAACUGUAAUGGACUGAAUGGUUUUCCCAGCUCUACAAGGUGCAAAGUAUUACUGGAUUUGAGAGUUUGCUCAUGUGGUCAGAGUUGAUCAAUUAUUACUGACACAGUUUUUUUUUUUCACCUUUUGUAAUUAUGUUUGAUUCAGAUUGACAUGAAUGAUGUAUGUCUAGAAACCUUCCAGCAAAGAUCAGGCAAACAGUACUAAACUGUGGUUCGGUCUUAGGCUACAAUGCAGAAAGAAAGAGGUUUUUAAUGAUGGAUUUCUUCACAUAACAGCAGAUGUAUGAUAUUACAUGAUGAGCCUUAAUGUCAAAGAAAACUGUGAAUCAUUUUUAAUAAAUUAUAAACUGUGGGCAUCUCAAGAAUAAGCAAAUUUGCUAAGCUGCCAGACACACAAAAUUACUUGAAAAUAACCCAAAAAGUUUGUGCUAACAUCAAUCCAGGCUACUUUCCAAUAUGUGGGAUGUAUGUUGCUUGGGAAAAAUUUCAAAUUUUUGUUUGUAUGUAUAAGUUUCAUUGUAUUGCCACUUUCUUAUUUUUGCUUGGCAGGGUAAAAUUUACGAUAACGAAGCAAAAAUGUGUGCUGAACUGUUCCUGUAGACUGGCCUCCCGUUUUCUUUGAUAACAGAUUUAGUGCCAAGCUAUCCAGAAAAUAGGUUGACAGAUUUAUAAUUUGAGUCCAGAUAUGCUUUUUAAAAGUAAGGAAAUCAAGUCACUUUAUAAAAACUCACACCGAAAAGAGUUAUGGGCCUAUAUGAUUAUUUGAUUGUUUUACUUGUCGGCUCGUACUUUACAGACAUUGAAAUGAAAGAUGAAUUCUCUUCCAUUUGUAGCCAGCCAGACAAUGGGGAUCUUGAGGCCUUUUGGACUUUCGUUUAUGGGUCAGUGUUUGGGCCUUUCUGUUUUGAUGGGGGAAAAAACUUGUUUCAGUAAACCACUUUGCAACACCCUCCUUUGUUGCUUUGUAAGAACCAGUCAUGCACACGGGGACAUCCUUGAACUGCAUAUUACUGCCCAUGCAAACAGCUGGGAAAUUGAAGGUUACAUCUUGUAAGUUAGGUUUAGCUGGUUGUGUCUGGCGUUUAUCUGAGGACCUGUUUGAUUGGCGCGGAUUCCGGAUCGCAAUCAGAGAUCCGUUGUCGGUUCUCUUGACACCAAAACCCGCUGACUGGACGGAGCAAACCAGCAAUGGGAUCACUAAUCGAGAUCCAGACCCGAGUGAACAAACGGGCCCUGAUGGUAAAAACCGCCCAGCACUCAAAACUUUCUUGAUUACCCUGAUGCUCGCAAGCAGGGGAAAGAAUGCAGUGGGAAUGUUCUGUAAGUUACACUGCUGGGGAGUAGUUCGCUGUUCAGCUCUGCAAAGCAGUCUUUCUGUUCGCUAGCAUCCAGAGACUUCUAAAAUGGAUGAUUCCGUGAAUACAUCAUAGAAUUGCUUUUUCCCCUAGAUAGGAUUCUAAUAGAUGCGCAGCUGGUUCGCUGUUCUUGCUAAAUGUUGAUAUUCACAUGGCUUUGCCUCUCCAAGUGCAUGUACAUGUACUCUUCUUUUUUCCUCCGAAGGGCAACAUCUCUCUCCUGUAUAGUGUAUAAAAAGUAAUACAAUUAAACUUGGUCGGUGAACACAGUUUCACUGUCUUUGCCACUUUUAUUGUAAACAGUCACGCCAGUGUGCAUACUGCACAAGAACUAUCAACAUUUAAUGUCAUUUUUUUCCCAAGAACUUAUACUGGAUAUCUUGUUUGUAUUAAUGUGUCUCUCAAUAAAGAAAAAACUUCAAAAAUA